CAACUCUACACGCUUCUUCCGAUUCCUGGACACCGCAAAUGUUCCAAUUGCGAAUACGAAUAUAUCGGUAGCUGGCGAUUGGCAAAUCGAAAAAGACACUGUAAACUCGUGCCCUGAUUGGUUAAAAUGAAAAUCUUCUACGCGCUGCAUGAUGGGGAUUGUAGUUUCAUCUUUCAUUUGUAGUCUUGUUUUAGGAGAAAGCAAGUUCCGGUAGUUGGUGCAGUAAUGGCAGAUGUACUGGAAGAAAAUGGGUGUUCUAGACAGAGCAGUCCUGGUGCAGGAGAUUCUGAUGGCGAGUUGACGGACACGGCACGGCAGAAGCUGGAGUCUCUCUUAAACAGGAACAUGCGUAUUGAGAUGACGGAUGGACGCUCUCUUAUUGGCUGCUUUCUCUGCACAGAUAGAGACUGCAAUGUCAUCUUGGGUUCAGCCCAGGAGUUCCUACGGCCGUCUGAUUCCUUUCCCAUCAGGGAGCCACGAGUGUUGGGUCUUGCCAUGGUUCCUGGUCACCACAUUGUUUCUAUUCAGGUGGAAUUUGAGAGCAUCACUUCCCCACAGUACCUUUGAUCAGAAGUGGACAACUCACUUUGCCUGCCAGAGAAUCUUGUAACUUGUUUUUAACUUAAGUAAAUCCAUUUGUAAUUAAAUCCGAUGUCUAUGAACCUA